CCGUGAUUUAACUUCGAUGACCGGCUGUGAGUGUGCACCGAGAUCUCCUCCCGCCUGAACUGACUGCCAGCAGGCUGCGUGUCUCCUCAGAUGCUGAGGGAGGAGUGUGUGUGUGUGUGUUUGUGUGCUCGUGUGUGUAUUGGAGGGGUGGAAAAAAAAAUUCAGCACCGGAGCUGUCCGCCGCUGUCUUGGAAGAGACUCCCUGCCAAAAGAGAGGGAGCUGCUACCGACUGCAAUUUUUCUCUGUGAGACCGAGAGCAGAGGGAUAAUAAACUGCCAUUCAUCUUCACCGCGGGGGCUACCGACGGCCGAGUAAAGGCGAACGUACUUCAUUCGAGCCAAGUCUUGCCAUGCUGGACGGCCGGUAUUGAGACGGGAAGGAUAAAGUCUUCAAUAAGUCGCGCUGAGCAGCAGUCUACCCUUUACGCAGCCAUGGGAGUGCUUAUGUCAAAGAAGCAGCAGGUGGAGAAGGUCCAAAAAUGCAGUGCUGUCGUUUCUGCCUUCCAGGCGGGCAUUAAGGAUCGUGCUGUUGUUGCUAAACAAGCAGAAAGUGAAGUGGAGGAAGGUGAAGGGUCUGCCAAGACUUCUGUAAAUCUUGACCAGAAAAAGACGGAAGAGGUGGAGCAAGAGGGGACAGACAAGAAUGCUGGUCCAUCAACCUCCCAACAGGCUUCUGUUCCUGUAAGAGAUGAAUGUAAAGUCAACCAGGAAGCUUGGUCGAGGUUACGGGAUGGGAAAGGAGUGGAGCCAGAAGACCUUGACAAGAGCCAUCAGCUAACGCCUCCUGCUUUUGUGCGACCGAAAAGGGAAGCUGACGAUGACCAACCUGUAGAUGUGGAGCUGGAAAAGAAAGAGCAGCCACCAAGUGAUGAGAUGUGCGACGUUUGUGAAGUCUGGACGGCCGACGACCUGUACCCCUGCAGGAUCUGCACACGGGUGUUCCAUGACGGCUGCCUGAGGGAAUUAGGCUACCUGCGUGCUGAGGCCUUGCAGGAGAUGAGAGAUACUGCCCACACUGUCACUGGCUGGAGCUGCUACUACUGUGACAAUCUGAAUCUACUUCUAACUGAAGAAGAGAUGUAUAGCCUAAUGGAGACAUUUAAGCAGUGCAAAAUCAUCCCAGAGUCAUGCCUGGUGUCAGAUGAGUUGCUGCAGUACCGCCACUUUGCAUCCAAGCAGCAGUUUGAUAAGGACCUGACUGAUGAGCAAGAAGAGGAGGUUUUGGCCCAGUUUGCUGCUCUGGAUCCUGAGAAGAAGGGUCAAAUUGAAUGGUCAGACUUUCUCUACUUUGAGUCUCUGGCUGUUUUGAGGAAGUUACGCACCGAGAACUCACUGGUGCAUCUGUUGACUGCUAAGGAACGAGACAAGGCGAGGUCUGUGUUCCUCGGUCUAGAUCUGGACAACGACGGCAUGAUCACAAGAGCAGAAUGCCGCCAGGCCCAGCAGUCCUGGUUCCAGAAGCUUAAAGACUCUCAGUCCUGCAAUGUGAGUAUAAGUCAUGUUGGCCCCAUAUGUGAGAGCAGUCCAGCCAGCUCUGGCAGCGAUAUGAGCAAGACUGAUGAAAGCAGGCCAGUUACCUGGGCCGACUUUCUAAGAGAGAGUGCCAUCUAUAUUUUGGCUGCUCGGCCCAAUAGUUCUGCCAUGCACAUCCGGCUGCCACUAUAGUCCAGGAUCCUCCACCGUGGCCAGCAGAGAGAGGCACCCUGGUAAAAACCACGACACAGAUGAAUGGGGGAAGUUAGACAUGCUGACACAAUGUCAUGAGAAUGGCAGCUGAGGAAACUGGUUGAAGCACUGAGGGCAAGCAGAUCAAGUCAUCGGUGGAAUCUCUUCUCUUCUGCGUCACCACGACAACACAACAUUGACAACACACAUGAUGACUGACACACUCACGAUGCAAGUGACGAUAACUGUCACAGGUCCCAACUCCAAAUUGUGACAGUUUCCAACACUUUUGAGAGAGAGGAUGGGGAAGUCAACCACCCACUCUAUAUUACUUGAUUUAUUAUGUUUCUGAAAUCAUGUAUCAACACAGAAAGGAAGCAAGGAUAUUCACAGUGGCACUGUGUAAGCUACAUAACACACCUUUUCAAAUGGGUAUGCAUUAAUGUGAGAGGCUGUUACUCUUUCAAACACAGUAUUCAUGUCUUUGGGCCUCAUUGUAUUCUAAUAAUAACGUCAUACUACUGUAAUGGGAUUGUGUUCACCAUCAAAAUUCUCUGUUACACUACAUGAGGGCACAUGCAACUUCAUACUGUUUAAUUUCUGUAAGGAGAUUAAUUCUGCUGCUGCCAUUAUCAUAACAUACACAAAAGAAGAAUGAAAGCUGCGCAUACAGUAUAUUAUAAGAGAACUGCUACACACACCAGUAUAAAUUAUUAUGCAUUAAAAGCUAUAUUUAUUCCUGUAUCCUCUAAUGUAUCCUCUGUUUCUCCCAUUUUCAUCCAAGAACCUGUGUUCUUAAAUACUAACUGUGAGAAGGAAGUAAACAUUAUGGAAAGCUAACCUUGUGUAGUACGCAUUGUUCCUGUUUUGCUCUCAGAACUGCACUAUGACAAGGUGGAAAUACCGCUCCUGCUCUUCUAAUGUUAUUAAUUACACCUUGGGAAUGAGACACAGCACAGACGAAAUGUUGUGAGACGUAAUGUAAACACUGUAAUGAAAUACUGAGAGACAGUGACAUACAGGACUUUUGUUUUUCCUUUGUUGAUAUUCAGACAACAUUAUGGAAUUUCUUUAAUGUUACAGAGUGUACAUGUACUUAAAUGCACAUGAAACUUCCCUUUGAAUCACUGGAAAUAUACUGUAACAAGUAGGACUUUGUGUAGUGUUUAUGCCAUGUAAUGAAGGUUAUAUGCCAGGUCCUUGUAGUGAAUAAAAUAUAGUAAUGAAAUUAAACUUGUUGCUCAGAGGGAUAUGUCACAGUAAUUGAAUAAAUGCAUGGCAUUUCAA